CUACAGUUUGUCACGCUAUUGCGAUUUUUCCUCCUCGAAGUUUUCUGGAGACGACGAGGGUGCCAUCCUCCAACUGCAACCUUCACUGAUGGCGAUCGUCUCCGUCGAUUCUUCCUCCAACCACAUGCAACUGGAAGCAAUACCCCUUGUCGAUCUCCGCCUUCUCUCCCAGUCGGAGCUGAACUCUCUGUCUCUUUGUUCCGACAAAACCUUCGACCUCGGCCGCUGCGACGAUGUCGUAAUCCCUAAAAUCGACCGCUCCGUCUUCAACGAGAGCGCUGGUAGCCGAAAGCAAACCUAUUCUCGCCUCCGUCUCGCACCUCGCAAGCCCGAAAUUACUAACGUCGGUCGUCGCAGGCGUAGCGCUGGCCUUCUCCCUCUUCCCAAGCCUCCCCCUAACCCCAUAGACGACCCUGAACGGAAGGAGAACCAACGGAUAGCCACCCUUCUCCGAGAGCUCUUCUUGAGGGAUAAUUCCGUAAAAACUGACCUAAUCCCUAUUGAUUCCGAACAUAGAGAGCCACUGCCUGUACCAUUGAUGCUUGACAAUAGAGUUUCCCUUCAACAGUUGCCAAUCGUUGUUGCCUGCAAGGAAGUGAAGAAGAGAGGUAGGAAACGGAAGCACGAACUGAAGCUGCCCCAAGUUCAGGGAGUUCGCAACGGCAACGUUAUGAGCAAUGCCAUUGUUGUUUAUGAAAAUCAACUGAAUGCCAAAGAUCAAACUAUGGAGAUUCUGAAUCGAAACGGUGUUGCCGUUGAUGUUGCUGCGUUGGCUAAUCUUCAAGAUCCUUUUGGUCCUGAAUUGAGAAGGAGAACCGUUGGUUUGGAGACUGAAGCGGCUUUGUUAGGGUUUCUUAGGCAAUUAAACGGGCAGUGGGGCAGCAGGAGGAAGAAGAGGAAAGUUGUCGAUGCUAGUGAUUUUGGAGAUGCGUUGCCCAAAGGUUGGAAGCUUAUGCUCGCCCUCAAGAGAAGAGUAGGCCGUGUGUGGUUAAACUGCCGCAGAUACAUAAGCCCAAAUGGACAUCAAUUUGUCACCUGCAAGGAAGUCUCUUCAUUUUUACUCUCAUAUUUUGGACCUCAAGAUUCAUGCCGACAAAAUUUUGGUCACAAGGAUUGGAGUACUCAGCAGACUCAGAAAUUGGCCUCUGAAAGUACUGCAGGUCUUACCUGUCAAGAUGGCUACAGCAAGGAAGACCGCAUAUGCUAUUCCACAUCACCCAUUACAUAUCAAUCAAAUGACCAUGAGAAGCAAGUUGCCUUAUUGGGUGUUGAGAAUUUGGCUGAGGUCCAAGUACGGGAUCUUUUAGAUUGUCACAAAUGCAAUAUGACUUUCCAAGAAAAGGAUGCAUAUUUGCAGCACCUGCUGUCAUCUCACCAGAGGAGUGCAAAACGGUGUAAAGUCGGUACAUCCAUUACUGAUGGGGUGAUAAUUAAAGAUGGAAAAUAUGAAUGCCAGUUCUGCCAUAAAAUUUUUGAAGAAAGGCAUCGCUACACUGGUCAUGUUGGGGUCCAUGUAAGGAACUAUGUCAAAAAUCUUGAAGCUUUACCAAGUCCAAUUACCGUGCAAAAAAGCAUUGCUCCUUCAUCUUUGGGUACUGUUCUUUCUGGUGUACAUAUGAUGGAUUCAUCAGUUUACAUUAACAAGGGUUCUAUUCUGGAAACUUCUACUGCCAAAACUAAUGAUGAACUGAAUGUUGGCUCUGUUCAUCGUAAGGCGGACAUGAAUUCUACCCAAGCAAUUCAUGUUGAAUCCAACUGUGAAUUGCUGAUUAGUUCUUCUGAUAGUAAACAGGUUACAGAGGCGGAUAAGAAUUCUAUUCCUGAAGUUACUAAUGCUAAAUUGGAUGAACUGAAUGUUGGUUCUCUUCAUGCUAAACUUGAGGCAGAGGCAGCUGUUCCAUUCUGGAAAACUCCUACUAGUGAAUCCAUCUGUGAACCCAAGUUUGUACUGAAAGUUGCUUCUUUUCAGUGUAAUCUGGUCAAGGAGGCUAGAAAGGAAUGUAGUCCAGAAACUUCUACUGCCAAACCUAAUGAUGAACAGAAUGAUGGUUCAUUUCGUACUAAACUAGAAGAGGUUUCCAUUCAGGAAACUCCUAUUGAUGAUACAAACUUCCAACAUGAUGUUAGCUAUUGUCAUAGUAAAUUGGUUACAAAGGCUAGCAAGGAUUUUGUUACUGAAACAGAAUCUUUUGAUGGAAAUAAUGGUGGUGCACUUCAUAAUAAACCGGAUGAAACUUCUACUGGUAAAUCUAACUGCGACCUGAAUGUUAUUUCUUCUCGCAAUAAACAUGAUAUGGAGGCUUGCAAGUUUGAAGGAACUUUGGUUGAGAAAUCUUACGAUAAAUUAUUAUCUGAUUCUUCAAUGCCUGAUAGUAAAUCAAGAAUCACUGGUGAGGUUAACGAUGUUGGAAAUGAUAAAAUCAGUUAUUGCAUGGAUUCUGGAACUGCCUUGUCUAAUAAGAAAGGAUGCAGCACUUCCGAAACUUUUGAUGGAAAUGAUAGUUCUGCAUUUACUUCAAUUAAGAAUGAUAAGAGUUGUAUUGAGCUAGAAAGGCCUUCUGGAAGCUGUUCACUAAUUCCUGGUAAUGAGAAAAUUUGUGGGCUUGAAGGGAACAUGAAUGAGGUUCUUACUAGUUUUACAGAGGUGUCCAAAUUGAAUGAUAUGGAAAAGUCAGGGAAUAAUGAACUGGAAAGUGGUUCUGGCGACUUUGAUGCUGGACCAAAUAAGGAUGUUGUAACAGAGACUACUUGGGCCUCUGAUGAAGGAAAUGGACCAGAGAAUGGGGUGGCUGGCUCCUCAUUACCAUUGAUGCAGUCAGCAAGCUUUAAUGAUGAACUUGGAAGUGGUGGAAGUGGCUUUGGUGGCUAUGAUACUGGACCCAAUAUGGACAUUGAAACAGAGACAACCCAGACUGCUGAUGAAGGAAAUGUACCAGAUAGUGCGGUGGCUGACUCCUCAUUUCCAUCGAUGCAUUCAUCAGGCUGUUUUCCAGACCCUAAUAUGGCCUCAGACAAGGGAGCAGAUGAUUUCUGCAAUGUCAAGAAGCUUGAAAACACGUCGGGUUUUGAAGAGCUGAGGUUGGAUGAUAUAGAGCCUUCGAGUUUCAGUUUUAUGACCCAGCGAGAAUCAAGAUCUAUGGCAGAAGAAUCCAUGCCCUUUGCAUAUAAUGCAGAGUUGGAGCAAGGGCUUGAUUCAACUGUUCAGUUUGAGUGGGAAGCAGUCUACCCAAAGAUGGCUGGCACAAAUCAGCUUACAACUGUUUGCAUAUGGUGCAGAAUUGAGUUCAACAAUGAGGCAGUCGACACUGUAACCCGAUCAGAUUCGCUUGGUUUUAUGUGUCCGGCCUGCAAGGCCAAGAUAUCAGGCUGUACAAGAGAGAUGCGGGAAGAAUAGGUUGCUAAUUUGCUUUACUGGGUUACAAUUGCACAACAGUCCUGGACAUGAAGUAGGUUCCCCAGUUUUGGUUCAGCCAAAAAGAUGGCCACAAAGAGGAUGUCUAUUUGGAGUUCUGCUUCUUGCUGGAGUUUCCCUCUGUGGGUUUGAUUCUUCUGAAGGUUAUAAAAUCUAUUGAGGUUAGUUGAUUCAAUCCUGCCUUGUGUAU